CGCUAGCCGUUGUGGCGUCAGCACAAUGUUCCACACGUAUUUGAAGAGAUGGCUCUCCGUGGCCCUCCCUCGACUGUUGUGAGCGUCGCGUUCCGCCUUGCUCGUUCGUCCUCACGCACCGCGGCACGACCGCCAUCUCCGCCAACUUGGUCGUGGGCAGUGUCCAUUGCUGGGGGCGUCCGGUCGAUUGUUGGGCGAGUUCACUCCGCGAGGAUGACCACGAUGUCUGAGGUAGUCCAUGUGCGUGGAGUGGGUGAUGGGAAUGACGUCAGGGCCCGGUUGUCCGCUCUGGAGAGGGGUGCCGUGACGUCUGUCGUAGCCGCCGUCAUCAUGCAUUGCGACAUGGACGUCCAAGGUCAACGGCGGUGGGCACGACUACGUGCUCGAAGAAGGAAGUUGAUGCCGGCGACGACGAAUGAAGCGUUGGAUAGCGCUUCCAUCUGUGAUGCCGUGUUGGAGGUGUGUUGUGCACUGGGGUGUGGGGGACUACCGAGGGCGACGCCGAGGUGGUGGGUAAGAAGGAGGACGGGGGGGACUUGGGAGGAUCUUCGGCCUGUGGAUGACGCCACCGACGAUUACUUCCGCGACAAGUUACGGAUGUCUCCACGUGUCUUCCGGGAGAUCGUUGAGAACUUGUCGCCAAUUCUCCAGCGACGUGUGACGUUGUAUAGGGAGCCGUUGCAACCAGACCAGAUCGUCGCCUACGCGCUGUACAGAUGGGCGUCGGGCGAGACAUACGAGAGCAACAACUGCAGCUUUGGGAUUGGCAGGGCUUCAGGUUUGGUGGCCGUCCGGGACGUUACUGCUGCGCUGCUUUCGGUGUAUAGGGAGAAGGUGGCGUGGCCGACUGGGGUGUGGACGGCGAUCGUUCUGCGUGCUUUUGCAGACAAGGGUUUCCCGAACUGCCAUGGGUGCAUCGACUGCACCCAUAUCUACGUCGACAAGCCGGCGAAUGCACCUGCAAAAAACUAAUACGACCGCAAGAGACGCUUCUCUGUCGUUGCUCAAGUGGUGGUCGACUUGGACUUGCGCAUCCUGGACGUAUUCGUGGAAUAUCCG